AUGGUUCCCCAAAUUCAGAGCAUCGACAAACUCUCUGGCUUAUGCUCUCAAGCCAUCACUACAGAGGGGGAGAUAAGGUCUGACAUUGGACCAUCUGCUGCUGCUCCUGCUAAACUGACUACUCCAGCAAUCCAUGAAGCUAAAGCUGAAGCUCCCAAAGCUGAAGCUAACAUUGAGGUUGUAUGUGAUAUCUCAACAUCCCAUGAAGCUCAUGUUGCUGACGAAGUUGAUGUCGUCCGAGCUGAAGCUUGUGACGAUGACCUUCCCAGCACCUCUACACCUGUUGCUAGUGAUGUGGAAGAAGAAGACGACGACGACGAUGAUGAUGAGGAAGGCGAUUCUCCUGACCUCCCUGACUCCAGCAGCGACCUGGAUGACGACGAUGAAGAUGACGACAAAGACGACUUCACCAUUCAGUACCAGCGUCCCUCCACUGCCACCAAAAAAGUUGCUCUCAAGGAUUCCGCAUCAUAG